AGUCGGGCGGAUCGCUCGGCCUAAUUGGCCAGAGGCUGAGAAAUCCCAAAAUAAGAUCUGAAGCAGCUCUUAAAUAAAGUAGUUGUUGAAGGGGUGGGAUGAAGCGAACCCUUUGUGGGGUAUGGUGAGGGGAUCAUGGCCGAUACACGGUCAGAAAACAAGUUGGGAGUCACUGCCCUCCUCAGGGAAAGACCUGAAUUUGGCUGGUUUAGGCUUCAUUCUUUCAGCUGCUGGCCAUGAAACUUCUCUGCGCAAAGGGAUGCUUUCAACCUCUAAUGCGUUGCCCUUAUCAAACAGAUUUAGGCUGCUUUGAUAAUUUUGGAUUUGGUGAUGUUCCGUUGACCAAGUAGGUCAGGACUGAGGCAUUGAAAAGUGUUCCUUAACACUGAAAUUGAUGGCUAAAGUGAUUUCCUGAUGCAACCAUUUUUGACUCUCCAAGAAAGGCUACCAUGGCAUUCCCUCACCUACAACAGCCCAGCUUCUUACUGGCUAGCCUGAAAGCUGAUUCUAUAAAUAAGCCCUUUGCACAGAGGUGCCAAGACUUGGUAAAAGUCAUUGAAGAUUUUUCAGCAAAGGAGCUGCACACCAUCUUCCCAUGGCUGGUAGAGAGCAUCUUCGGCAGUUUGGAUGGCAUCCUCAUUGGCUGGAACCUCCGCUGCCUGCAGGGGCGUGUGAACCCUGUGGAGUACAGCAUUGCCAUGGAAUUUCUAGAUCCUGGUGGCCCAAUGAUGAAGUUGGUUUAUAAACUUCAAGCUGAAGACUAUAAGUUUGACUUUCCUGUCUCCUACUUACCUGGUCCUGUGAAGGCAUGCAUUCAGGAGCACAUACUUCCCGACAGCCCUCUGUACCACAACAAGGUCCAGUUUCCCCCAGCAGGGGGUCUUGGCCUGAACCUGGUCCUCAAUCCAUUUGAGUAUUACAUAUUCUUCUUUGCCUUGAGCCUCAUCACUCAGAAGCCACUGUCCAUGUCCCUCCAAGUCCGUACUUCAGACUGUGCCUAUUUCAUCCUGGUGGACAGGUACCUGUCAUGGUUUCUGCCCACUGAAGGCAGUGUGCCCCCUCCCUUCUCCUGCAGUCCUGGCGGGGCCAGCCCAUCACCUGCUCCCAGGACUCCAGCCAUGCCCUUUGCCUCCUAUGGCCUCUACCACACCAGCCUCCUGAAGCGACAUCUCUCUCAUCAGACAUCUGUGAAUGCAGACCCCGCCUCCCAGGAGAUCUGGAGGUCGGAAACUCUCCUCCAGGUUUUUGUUGAAAUGUGGCUUCAUCAUUACUCCUUGGAGAUGUACCAGAAAAUGCAGUCCCCUCAUGCCAAGCUGGAGGUUCUGCACUACAGACUCAGUGUCUCCAGCGCCCUCCACAGCCCUGCCCAACCCAGCCUUCAAGCCCUCCACGCCUACCAAGAGUCAUUCGCACCCUCCGAGGAGCACGUGCUAGUGGUGCGUCUGUUGCUGAAGCACCUGCACGCCUUUGCCAACAGCCUGAAGCCUGAGCAGGCCUCGCCCUCCGCCCACUCCCAUGCCACCAGCCCCUUGGAGGAGUUCAAACGGGCCGCUGUCCCGAGAUUUGUCCAGCAGAAGCUCUACCUCUUCCUGCAGCACUGCUUUGGCCACUGGCCCCUGGAUGCCUCCUUCAGAGCUGUCCUGGAAAUGUGGCUGAGCUACCUCCAGCCAUGGAGAUAUGCAUCUGAGAAGCAGCCUCAGACCAAUGACUCCCAGCCUCGGUGUGUGUUGGAGAAAUGGACGCCGUUUGUCCAGGAGAACCUGCUGGUGUACACCAAGCUCUUUGUGGGCUUCCUGAACCGUGCACUCCGCACAGACCUGGUGAGCCCCAAGAAUGCGCUGAUGGUGUUCCGAGUGGCCAAAGUCUUUGCCCAGCCCAACCUGGCUGAAAUGAUCCAAAAAGGUGAGCAGCUAUUCCUGGAGCCGGAACUCGUCAUCCCUCACCGCCAGCACCGGCUCUUCACAGCUCCUGCCGUCACUGGCAGUUUCCUGUCUCCAUGGCCACCAGCCGUCACCGAUGCCUCCUUCAAGGUGAAGAGCCAUGUCUACAGCCUGGAGGGCCAGGACUGCAAGUACACCCCAAUGUUUGGACCUGAGGUCCGGACGCUGGUGCUGCGCCUUGCUCAGCUCAUUACACAAGCCAAGCAGACCGCCAGGUCCAUCUCUGACCAGUGUGUGGAGAGCCCCUCUGGCCAGUCCUUCCUGUCAUGGCUGGGCUUCUGCCCCACUGACCCAAACAGCUAUUACCCAGCCAACGACCUGGACGAGCUGGGCCAGGACAGCGUCCGCAAGACAGAUGAGUACCUCGAGAAGGCCCUGGAGUACCUGCGCCAGAUAUUCCGACUCAGUGAAGCCCAGCUUGCCCAGCUCACCCUCGCCCUGGGGACCACGCAGGCCGAAAAUGGGAAGAAGCAGCUCCCAGACUGCAUCGUGGGAGAGGACGGGCUCAUCCUCACACCCCUGGGCCGCUACCAAAUCAUCAAUGGACUGCGGAGGUUUGAAAUUGAGUACCAGGGGGACUCAGAGCUGCAGCCCAUCCGGAGCUACGAGAACGCCAGGCUGGUCCGGGCACUCUUUCGCCUGUCAUCCGCCAUCAACCAUACGUUUGCAGGCCAGAUGGUCGCUCUGUGUUCCCGAGAUGACUUCCUUGGCAGCUUCUGUCGCUACCACCUCAUUGAGCCCACACUGGCCAACAGGCACCUGCUGAGCCCUGUGGGGCGGAGACAGGUGUCCAGUCACGCUCGGGGCCCCAGGCUCAGCCUGCGCUUCCUGGGCAGCUACCGGACACUCGUUUCCCUCUUGCUGGCCUUCAUCGUGGCCUCUCUGCUGUGCAUCAGACCCCUGCCCUGCACCCUGCUGCUUGUCCUGGGCUACCUCCUCUAUGCCAUGGCCAUGACACUGCUGACAGAACGAGGAAAACUUCACCAGUCCUGACCGGGUGUCCAUUGUCUAGAGAACUCCCCGGUGGGAUUUGCUGCACUAGGCUGAGAGGCCCUGGCAGGCUGCUUCCAAGCCAGAGUGUGGUCACUGGACUCCUGGGGAGUGUUUUCCAGAAGAAAACGAAAUGAGAAGAGGGGCUGACAGAGAAGGAGCAACAUCAGAGGGCUCUGGAGCUACGCUGUGUGACAACCAGCUGGCCACAGCCAUUCACUGUGCCAGCCCAAGGCCCUGCAAGCAGCCUAGCUAGUCUUGGAGGCCUUUAUAACCCUUUGAAGAUUUUUCCACUGUGGCUGCCCUUGAAAUGGACAGAGAGGUUGUGACAUCUUUCCCUGUGAGAUGUCCCCGACAGUAGCUUAGCCUCCCCUCCUGGCCAGAAUCCGUUUUUAAAAGAAAUUCCUGAGAAAACUAGAUAAUGGCUCUCCCGACUCACUUUAAAGCGAAGGUUCGCUUUCGCAUUCAGCAAAGCAAGGAUGGUUCUCUUUUAUGUUCUCACGGUGAGUCCAAAGCUGGGCUGAAGGCUGUACUUGUGAAUUUCAUGGAGACCCUCUCAGAGCACAGGCUCCUGCUUUACCUCUGGCCCCCAAGCCUCUGCGGUCUUGCACCACAAGCAAACACUGGUUGUUGCCAGGUAGAGGGCUGUAGCAGGGUCCUUCUGGCUUCCUUGCAACCAAAGACGGGCAGAAGCAGUAUUUGCUCCUCCAUAAACCAAGUGCUCAGAGAAGGUAACCUUUUCUGAUAACACUGACAACUACACAUUGACUGUCCAAAGAAGCCGAAAUCAUCACAGUCUCAGCUUUGUUCAUCCUCCAGACGGUGCACCACCACAGAAGCAUCUUGGUGGAGGUAUUCAACCAAGCCUUUGUUUUUGGUGUGUGGGGGACUUUUUAAACUGUUGGGCCUUGUGCUUUGAUGUAAUCUCAGGAUACAUUUUGGAGCCCAUGACCAAAAGUCAAACCGUAACCUGUAGCUUAACCAUGGAUCUGAGUAAACCUGUUCUUGCUUCAGAGUCUUGGCUGUCUAGGCUCAAUCCCCAGCAGGUUCACCUGCACCGGGUCCCUCAGCACUCAGGAACUGCAGAAAUUGCUGCUGGAUGUCCUGAUCUCCAACUCCCCCCGACCCCAUGGACCACAAGCCUGUUCACUGGUGCUUUGGGGCUCAAAAACUCAAUGCCUGGCUCAGCCCAGAUGAGCAGUGGGCCAGCUUCUUCUGAUCUCUGGGUCCUGUGCCUGGCCCGUCUGCAGCUUCCUCCUUGAAGCUGUCUUACGCUUGUGUGGGUCUCUGAGGGAGCCAAGCACCUCCCAGCUUAGCCAGGGGCAUCCUUCCAGUUGUUUCUCCUGGCCUCUUGGCACCUCUAGUUCCCCACUUUUAAGCUUCCUCCAUCAAUCCCUUUAAUUUGGAGGUGCAGAGUAACCAAACUCCCUUCCCUGCCUUAUCAAGCCAUUAAGUCCAUAGGUUCCUGUUUGAGGUCUGACUAGAGCUCUCAUAGAGCAAAAGUAGCUCAUCCAAGAACUACUUUCCCGUUCAGGCAUGGUGGUUACGUGCGUGUAAUUCCACCUGUUUGCAAGGUUGAAGCAGGAGAAUGAUAAAUUCAAGUCUAGCCUGGGCAGUAUAGGAAAACCCUGUAUCAAAAU